AUGGUGGCAUUUGCCAGGGCUCUAAAUGGGCACCUGACUCCCAUCCUCGUCGGCCACAUGUCUUGGUGGCAGAACGUCUGGGGCCGAGAGCAGGGGCGUAUCUUUCAAUGCAUUUGGGAACUGCUGUCAUCGGACAAAGAGAUGAUGACGGUGGACUUAACGCCGGGAGCGGGAGCCUUCCCGCCCGUCAGCUGGAGACCCGCCAACUCCACAAAAUACCGCGCUGUGGCGCCGUUCCCUUCAACUGGCGUUGAGGAUGUCACCAUGACCGAAGAAGGCAAAGUAAGCCUGUUUAUCAUUGCCGAAGAGCUCAGCUCUGCCGCUCACGACGCACUGGCCUUUGCAAUGGCGAUGAAAUCUGCAAUUUCAUGCUGGAGCGAUCCCGUUCCCGCAAGCCGCUUUUGCAGAGUCGAAUCUAUUUGA